GGCCGCAGGUUCUCCUCACACCCACCUCCCCCGCCCUCGGCGCCGCCCGGGCGGGUCCCAGCUAAUGUCCCUGCGCAGCCCGCGGGCCAGCGCUGCCCGGGCCCCAGCUCCUGGGGUUUCCUUUACCUGCAGAGCCAGGGCAUCUGGCGUGUUUUUAAAAGCUCCCCAAGGAUUCUGAUUUGCAGCCGGGACUGAGAACGAGGAAACUUAAAGCAUUGCCUCUUCCAGGAAGCCUUCCCUGAUUAUUGCCCCAGCGUCCAAUCGGAGUCCUAAGUGUCUGCCUGCUGUGCUUUGCUGUCACCCUCGUGGAGGACUCUAUCGGCCGGAGGGUCCGCCCUGGAUGCCGUGGAGAAGGGCUGUGCUGAGUGUGAGCGCGAGCAGUGUGACGGCACUGUGGGCUUCGGAGGAAGUCCCGAUGAGGUUGGGGAGACGACGCUGGAUGCCAUGAUCAUGGACGGCGCGACUAUGAACGUAGGGGCAGUCGGAGACCUUAGACGAAUUAAAAACGCUGUUGGUGUGGCGCGGAGAGUCCUGGAACAUACCACGCACACGCUGUUAGCAGGAGAGUCAGCCACCAAGUUUGCCGAAAGUAUGGGCUUUGUCAGUGAGGACUUGUCUACCGAUACUUCGCGAGCUCUUCAUUCAGACUGGCUUGCCCGGAACUGCCAGCCAAAUUAUUGGAGGAAUGUUAUACCAGAUGCUUCAAAAUACUGUGGACCUUACAAGCCACCCAGCAUCUUAAAGCAGGAAUGUUCUGCCUGUGAGGAAACAGGACCCAGUGCCGGUCACGACACUAUUGGCAUGAUUGUAAUCCAUAAGACGGGACACACUGCCGCUGGUACAUCUACUAAUGGUAUAAAAUUCAAAAUACCUGGUCGAAUAGGAGACUCGCCAAUUCCCGGAGCUGGGGCCUACGCCGAUGACACUGCAGGGGCCGCCGCAGCCACUGGGGAUGGGGACAUCCUGAUGCGAUUUCUACCAAGCUACCAAGCUGUAGAAUAUAUGAGAGGAGGAGAGAGUCCAACCACAGCUUGCCAGAAAGUCAUCUCAAGAAUUCAGAAGUAUUUUCCCAAGUUCUUUGGAGCUGUCAUAUGUGCCAACGUGACCGGAAGUUAUGGUGCUGCUUGCAACAAACUACCCACAUUUACUCAGUUUAGCUUCAUGGUUUACAAUUCUCUAAAGAGUCAGCCGGUGGAGGAGAAGGUAGCCUGCAUCUAAUCAUUUUUUCCGUCAGUAUCUGUAUUUGGAGAAGAGAGAAGCAAAGGCUGAGAGGUGGCUCCCUCACUGCAGAGGGUGCCUCCUGUUCUGAAAUCUUCCUGUAAAAUAAGGACCGAAGUAAAUGUGCGCUGAACUAGCACUUUCCCUUUUCAUAUGUGAAAUUAUUAUCUUUUGCCCUUAAGCUUUGUAUAUGGCCUGAAAAUGAACAUGUACAUGUAUGUAUCUUUCCUAUCUUUCAAUUUUAGAUGAUACUUAGAUUUCUACUCAUUGUUUUAAGGAAUUGCUACUUUGGGGAUUUGUUUCCAUAGCAAUAUCUUAAAGCCAAAAGAAAUAAUCUAUAAUUAUAGUAUCCAAGUUUUUUAGACCCAAAGGAAGGAGUAGGGAUGAGGCCAAGCAUGGUCAGUCCUGAUUGAAUCUCCGUAAUUAUAGCGAUGUGUCCCUUCUCACUGAUGACCAGCUUUACAGGAUGCUCCUUGCUCAUCUGAGGGGAAAGGAUGCUGUUAACAGUAAAGGUGCUUUUCUUUUGCACAUGUUAGAAAAUACAGGCAAUCUUCUGAUGAGCAGCCUUGUUGAUUUUCUCUGGUCUGCUCCUCCGAUAGAGCUCUCAGCGUGUGAAGGUUCUUUAGCCACAACCAUCUCAGCUCUUUCAGCUGCUGAGAGUUAGUAUAAUAACUGCUUCUGAACAUGAUUUAGGAAGUUUGAUCUCUCCUGUGGUUUUACUAGUCUCGUGCUGAGGUUGGUGAUUGCAGUUAGAAAUAAGUCAGUGAAUCUGUCGUCCAGCUGGGUCUUGUUUUCCUGAGCUGUGAGUCCACCAUCCAGCUGACACCAAUACAGAGAUGUGUGUGUGGGCUUUCUCAGAACCUUCUGUGCCCUCAAAAUCAUCACCUGUACCAUCCGGAGUCAGUAAUGACACCGUAUGUACAGUGUUGUCCUCAAGCUUUAGUGUAUCUGUUCUGUUUUUUCCUACUCAUCUUAAUAUACAAUGUUCUUUAUCAUUUCGGGCUAGAAAGCUGUAGUUUUGAGAAGGCUGUGAACUCACUUGUUGUCAGACCUUGCUGUGCAUCAUCACUGUCUGGGAGUCUUCUGCUCUAUCCCGUCAGAUUCUUCACACACGGGAACUUGAAAGCUGGGAUUAGCAGCUACUAAUUGUUGCAUGGAAGGUAAUGAGGAAGUAAUCCUACAGCUUCACUCACAAAACAGAAGAGAAAAUCCUACUUUUGAGGGUUGUCAUGAGGUGCGUGGACUUGAACAAGGGAAAGAGGCAGGAUUUAAACGUGCUGAUUUAUACUGAUAUCAGUGGAAGGCCCGUUUGCGUAUUUGCUGUCUGUCACCACCUUAGGCAGCCACCCGCCACCAGAAAAAUGAGAUUGAAAGUCUCCAUGGCCUGUCACUCCCAGCAAAUCAGAAGCUUAGCUGACAAAAUCAACCCUCAUGUUUUUAAAGGUGUUUUUUUUCUCUUUCACAUUUCUCCUGAUGGCAAUAAUUGUUCUAUAAAUCUAAUCUACAAAUAAAUGGAGUCCACUUCAGAAAUAUAUUUUUAAGUUCUAGAUUUGAAUAUAAUAUUUAAAUGCUGCAGAUGGGUUGUCAUUUCUUCUGGAAAGUUAAAAUCACUUCUUGUCCCUACUGGGGAUGUGCCCGGGGAGCUCUCCUCUCAUGAUGAUGUUUAGAUACCAGUAAUUGGGGGGUGGGGGAGACAGGUAGGAAACUGGUGAAAUGGCACAGUUUGCAGAGAGCACUGUGAGCAAGUCAUAAAUUGAACUUGGAAAUAACUCACUAAAACUUGGUAAAAGCAAGCAAGUUACUUGGGAAAGGAACCUUGGACAAUUGAAUCGUGACCUGACUUUUUGUGAAGGUUUGCUUCACACCUGUCCUGGUGUGCACAUGCCUGGCUGUUAGGUAGCUUAGGGUAAAGGUGAGAGGUAGUUAUAACACUGUACUCCGCCAGGUUUUUUUCCUUUCACCCUGUAGAAAAUAUUUUUUGGGGUUUUUUUUGCUUGCCUACUAAGGUCAAACUAAAUGGUCCUAGCAGCCCUUGCCGGGUAGCUCAGUUGGUUGGAGCAUCAUCCUGAUAUGCCAAGGUUUCGGGCUGCAUUCCCAGUCAGGGCACAUACCUAGGUUGUAGGUUCCAUACCCAGCUGGGGCUCAUAGGCAACAGAUUGACACUCACACGUAGUAGCUGCAACGCCGUCCGGCAAGCAUGGUGGCAGCUUUCUUUCUGGACUCUUUUCAACAGUGUUUCUACAGCAAGAGCCUUGAAGACUGAGACAGCAUCUCUCUCAUGGGCAAGGGGGCAGUUUGUCCACUGUUUGGUAUAAUAGACAGUCUGUCCUUUUGAGGCAAAGGUUUGAUUGCAGCCUCCUUACAAAAGAUUUGGGUGGUUCCUCAGCUCUGGUGCAAACUUACUGUGUGCAGUAGUCACCUGUGUCCACCUCUCUACCCCUAGGGGACCUAAUAGAAGCCUAAAUGUGAAGAUCGCGCUGCUGGCUGGGCUGUGAGCAAGAAAGUCCUUGGUCUCUGACCCAGGUAUCUCUUGUCUUCUGCCAGUUUCACGUUAGCGGUCAAGUAGGGUCAAGUCUGAUUCUUCAUCAUUCCUGACACCGUCAGCAGUAAUCAGUAAAAAUCCCUAAUUUUGUUCUUACUCACUGUACUUAUACCUGUGGGGUAAAACAUUGCAGACCUGCAGUUAAGUUGAAAGUAAGAACAAAGACUGCAGUGCAAACCCUAAUGGAUGUUUUGACAAUGGCCAAGGACGACCCUCUGAGGAGGUUCACAUGGUGAACAUGGAAUUAAUGGUGAUAAAAUGUCCCAACCCCCCACUACCCUAUCCAGGAGACCAUCCAAAACACCUGAACAUUAUGUUCAUUCCUUGGAGUGAAAUAACCGGAGUCAGUAACUAAUGUGAUUAAAACUGUAACAGGUUGCACUACUUAAUAAUGCACAGCAAGUCACCGAUAGGAGUUUCCUCCCUUGUUCUAACUGUUCUUAACAGAUCUUGAGUUACUCUUAAGGAAUUCUGACCUGAAGUUUUUAGAAAUAUACCUGUGUGCUGUACACAUAUAAACAAACAAAAAAACAAACAAAAAAGCCAAACAUGUCUAUUUCCAAUAUCAGCCAGCAGUUCCUUUGGUUACAAAUCAUGGGCUAUAGUGUAUCCUUGAUUGAGAUAUUACACACAGACUAUAACACACUUUAAAGUCCCAUUGUUUUCAAUUGUUAAAGUUCUUUCUAAAGUGUCAUUGCAUCUAAUGCUUGGUGAUUGAAUUUGGAGCUAAGCACAUAAUUGAACUCACUUAGUAUCUUAAUCAUUUAAUUAAACUCAUUUGGGAAAAAACGGUGACAUAAAUGUCCUAAUUGGAUGCUAA